GGCGGGAGAGCUGCGUGAGAAAUGUCCCGAGGUAGAAUGAGAGCCUUUCCUCUGCGGCCGAGCGCUGGUGGCGAGAGGGACAUUCUGUGUUUGGGGUAAAGGCUGCUCUCCCUUCCUGGCGGUGGGGAAGAAGCACAGUGGAACUAGGAGCACAGCCGGCCUUCGGAUGAAGCUGGAUGCUGGGGACCUGGCAGCCGGGAAUGGACAGAACUUGUAUCUGUGACCACGCCUUUGAGCUGAUAAUCCUGCUACACCAGGACCCACCCUACCUCUGCACUUACAGUAAUAGGAGGAGCGCCGUGCAGCUGGGCCCACUGGUCACUGGAAGGCUCGGGAAGCCAUGAAGCCACUGGGAAGCCACUGAUGCCGUGACCUUCUGCUCCUGGCGCUGGAGUGCAGGCCGCGCCUCUGCUCAGACAGGUGGGACGCCUCAGGCACCUGGGCAUUUACCUGUGGCCUUGGUGGCUACCGGGAAUUUACCAUUCCGCCUCACUUCCGCCUGCUCAGCCAGGCACGGGACCUCCCCUGGAGGGGCUGCUCGGCGGCUGCUUGUGCACGGAAGAACCUGUGGAAGGAGGAGGCCCCCAGGACAGCACGUCACUCUGUCACCGCGUCUCCUCGGGCUCCCCUCGGCCAUGACAGUUUCUGCUUCUCGGUGACCAUGGCGGUUUCGAUGAGGAUGGGGCAGAGAGCCGGGAAGCCGUGCUGCGAGGAGACUGCCUUCGGGACAGAGGGACGCAAGGAGAGUUGAGAGCUUGCCACGGACCGACCGCCUGCCCAGCACAGACCUGGGCGUGGAGAAAUAGAAAAGUUUCAAAAAGGAGAAGGAAAGGACGAAGAGAAGUACAUUGAUGUGGUGAUUAAUAAGAACAUGAAGCUGGGACAGAAAGUGUUAAUUCCCGUAAAACAGUUCCCUAAGUUCAACUUUGUGGGGAAACUUCUGGGUCCACGUGGCAAUUCUCUGAAGCGUUUACAAGAAGAGACCUUGACCAAAAUGUCCAUUCUUGGCAAAGGCUCCAUGAGAGACAAGGCAAAGGAGGAAGAGCUGAGGAAAAGCGGGGAGGCCAAGUACUUCCACCUGCACGACGACCUGCACGUCCUCAUCGAGGUGUUCGCCCCGCCCGCCGAGGCCUACGCCCGCAUGGGCCACGCCCUGGAGGAGAUCAAGAAGUUCCUCAUUCCCGACUACAACGACGAGAUCCGCCAGGCGCAGCUGCAGGAGCUGACAUACCUGAACGGCGGCUCGGAAAGCGCGGAUGCCCCCUCGGCCCGAGGGAAGUCCGCCUCGCGCACCAGAGGCGUCCCGACCCCGACGACAGGCAGGGGCAGGGGAGGCGUCACCGCCAGGCCCGUUGGCGUUGUGGCCCCACGAGGGGCGUCGGCGUCCAGGGGAGUCCUUUCCACCCGAGGGCUUGUGAGUCGGGGACGAGGCCUUCUCACCCCCAGAGCAAGAGGAGUCCCCCCAACCGGGUACAGACCUCCACCGCCACCCCCAACGCAGGAGACCUACGGCGAUUACGACUAUGACGAUGGCUAUGGCACUGCGUAUGACGAGCAGAACUACGAUUCCUACGAUAACAGCUAUAGCGCCCCGGCCCAGAGCGGCGCUGAUUACUACGACUACGGCCACGGGCUCAGUGACGAGACGUACGAUUCCUAUGAAAAAAGUCUAAGCCACCCUUUCCCCAGAGGAAGGUUCCUGCGAAGUCGGUUGCCACGGCCAGAGGAGUGGACCAACUCAAGACCCAAGGCUCCCUCGGCGCGGACAGCGAAGGGCGUCUACCGAGACCAGCCAUACGGCCGCUACUGAUUGUACUGACUUUCUGAUGUUGUGAAAUAGCCCAUCUCCACCCGUCCUGUAAACUGUUCAAAGAGACAUGGGCCGUGUUGCGAAGCCGAAGGAACGCUGGGCCCCAUCGCCGAGCGGGUGAGCGUCUCCUGCCCGCGGCUGUGACGCGUCGGGACGAUGGCGGCCAUUUCUCGCUCAUCUAGUCGAAUGGGCGGUGCCCCUGGCUGGUGCCUCUUACCAGCCCCGGCGACGCGGCAGGUUAACUGGUCCCGUCGGAAAUGAAGCUUCUGGAGACGAACAAGCCAGACCCGCUCAGCUUUGUUACACACUUUCUCCAACAGAAAUGGAACAGCCUGGCCCGGCCGGCGUGGCUCAGUGAUUGAGCCUCAACCCAGGAACCAGGAGGUCAGGGUUCGAUUCCCGGUCAGGGCACACGCCCAGGUUUCGAGCUCCAUCCCUGGUGUGGGG